AUGGCUGUCAACAACACAUUGCGGUUGUCCCUAAAGCAGCUUCAAUUGCUUCUUCUUCUCUUAUUACUGUUGCCCUUCUCUGCAACUCCAUUGACCUUCAAUUUCCCCAGCUUCCCCCUUAAUGUUACCGCCAAUAUAUCUAUGGAGGGAGAUGCUUUGCCCGAUGGGUCCCUCCGCCUCACCAAGAGUACCGUCGACGUUCAAUGGGAUCAAAGCGUCGGCCGAGCCACCUACUGCCAACCUUUCCUACUCCGCCAAAACUCCACUAGAAAACUCGCUGAUUUUACCUCAAGUUUCACAUUCGUCAUUGACUCCGUUGGCUACACCAUGUACGGUGAUGGGCUGGCCUUCUUCCUGGCGCCGGCCGGCUCCUUACUAAACAACAAAUUAGGAGUAGGUAGCAGUUUUGGCCUCCCUUUCAACAUUACCCUUGCAAGCUAUUCCAUGACGAGCACUGAAUACCCAUUUGUGGCGGUCGAGUUUGAUAUCUUCCCUUCUCAGGAAGAAUCGAGGGAUGGGCCUAUAAACUACACUCAUGCGGGCAUCGACAUCAACUCCCUCACGUCUUAUGUUACCGAGCCAUGGGAUGGUGGUAUCAGGGAAGGAAAAGAAAAUAAUGCCACAAUUAGUUACAACUCCACCUCGGAAAAUCUCAGUGUUGCCUUCACUACGAUUCAAAAUGUAGAUGGAGACGAAGUCCAGUUGAUCAAAAGUAUGUAUUUCUUGGUUGAUCUGCUUCAAUACUUGCCCGAUAGGGUCAUAGUUGGGUUCUCUGCUUCAACUGGUGCCUAUAUUGCUCAGCAUAAGAUCGUCUCAUGGAAUUUUACUUCAACUCCUCUGGUUGAUGAUAAUGCACCAUCGACCACAAGGUCCAACAACGAUAGAGUCAGACUAGCGGUUGGAUUGGGUGUUGGUGGAUGUCUUACCUUGGUUGGUGUGCUGGCUUUCGUUUGGUCCAUCUUCUCCAGGAGGAGGAGGGAGAAAGAUGGGGAAAGUAGUGAUGAUGAUACCAGGGUACUUAAUGAUUUGAUUCCUGAAGAAUUCGGAAAGGGGACAGGCCCUAGGAAGUUUUCGUACAAUGAAUUGGCCCUUGCAACUAAUAAUUUUGUACAGGAAGAAAAGCUUGGGGAGGGAGGGUUUGGUGGAGUUUACAAAGGGUUCAUCAAAGAUAUGAACUCGUAUGUAGCUGUUAAGAAGAUAUCAAGGGGGUCUAAACAAGGGCUGAAGGAGUAUGCAGCAGAAGUGAGUAUCAUUAGUCGGCUGAGGCAUCGGAAUCUGGUGCAACUCGUAGGUUGGUGCCACGAAAAGAAACUCCUACUUGUCUACGAAUUCAUGCCCAACGGGAGCUUGGAUUCUCACUUGUUCAAAGAAAAGAGCCUGUUAACUUGGGAGGUAAGAUACAAAAUUGCACAUGGAUUGGCCUCGGGAUUGCUCUAUCUACACCAAGGAUGGGAACAAUGUGUGCUGCACAGAGAUAUCAAAUCCAGCAAUGUUAUGUUGGAUUCCAAUUUUAACACAAAACUUGGAGAUUUUGGGUUAGCCAAACUUGUAGACCAUGGAAAGCUCUCGCAAACAACAAUUGUGGCUAGAACCAUGGGCUACAUGGCUAUGGAAUAUGUUACAACGGGAAAGGCUAGCAAGGAAUCAGAUGUCUUUAGUUUUGGAGUUGUUGCUUUGGAAAUAGCUUGUGGGAGAAAACCCGUUGAUUCGAGGUAUGAAGAAAAGCAAAUCAAUUUGGUGGAGUGGGUUUGGGAGCUCUAUGGAGAAGGGAAAAUUAUCGAAGCAGCAGACCCAAAAUUGUGCGGGGAUUUUGAUAAGAAGCAAAUGGAGUGCUUAAUGAUGGUUGGGCUAUGGUGUGCUCAUCCAGAUCAGAACUCUAGGCCAUUGAUACAACAAGCAAUCCAAGUGCUUAACUUCGAAGUUCCAUUGCCCAAUCUCCCAUUGGCGAUGCCAAUGGCCUUUGCACUUCCAUUAAUAGUACUCUCGUUGUCGUAUAUUGGUGACACUACUGGAGGUCAAAGUGAGUCUUCAGGAUAUGGUUCUACCAUCAACUCCUCACUGCAGCUAACCUCAUCUUCUACCCCAAAUUCUAAUCCAUUAGCAACUAUUCAGUAA